GCCCCGGGCGGCCUCCUGCCCUGCGAGAGGGGCGUCGCGGGGAGCGGCAGCGAUGAGCGUCGUGGAGCGGCCCGAGGAGAGGGAGACGGCGGCGGCCGCGGCCAGCCCCGAGCGCUGGCUGGGUCUUAGUGAUGCAUCUCCAGAUGAAGGAGUAGUAGAAGAUCUGCCUUUAAUAGAUGAGAAGGCUGUGGAGCAGCUAACUGAAGGAUUGAUUUCUCAUUAUCUGCCUGAUCUUCAGCGAUCAAAAUCAGCACUACAGGAACUUACACAGAACCAAGUGGUAUUACUAGAAACAUUAGAACAAGAAAUUUCAAAAUUCAAAGAGUGUAACUCCAUUCUUGAUAUCAAUGCUUUGUUUUCAGAAGCUAAACACUAUCACAACAAGUUAGUGAAUAUUAGAAAUGAAAUGAUGAUGCUCCAUGAGAAGACAUCAAAGUUAAAAAAAAGAGCACUUAAGCUGCAACAAAAGAGGCAGAAGGAAGAACUAGAAAGAGAACAGCAACGUGAGAAGGAACUUGAAAGAGAGAAGCAGUUAACAGCAAAACCUGCUAGGAGGACGUGAAAGCAGAGCAUGC